AUGGGAGUACUUUCCCGUUACAUGUCUAAUGCAGGAAGAGCACAUUGGGAUGCAGUAAAAAGAGUUUUUAGAUACUUGUGGGAUACCUCAGAGUACUCUAUAUGUUUUUAUGGGAUAGGAAAUGAGCAUUCCUUCGAUAUUAGAGGCUAUGUGGAUUUAGACUGGGCUGGUGAUGUCGAUAGAGUAAGAUCAACUAGUGUAUAUGUGUUGACAUUAUUUGGUGCUGCAAUCAGUUGGAUGAGAAAGCGACAGGCUGUGGUCACUUUGUCCACAACAGAGGCAAAUUAUAUGGCAGCAACUCAUGCCUGCAAAGAAGCCAUUUGGCUUAAGAGAUUAUGUUCAGAUAUAGAGUUUAAAUAG